CGGGCCAAGUGGCAGCUCAGCUGCUUUUGCCUCCGUCGCUGGAGGAAAUAAAUCCGGGUUUGUGGAAUGAGGAUGGGAAGAGCCGGGGAGCAGCAUCUCCCUCCCUCGGCGCCCCGCAAAGGAAGGUAGCCAAUCUCGGGGAAGGAAGGAAGGAAGGUAGCAGCCCCAGCAAAGGAAUGCAGAGAGACUGCAGAGGAAGCGAGCCGAGCAGCCCUCCCUCGCCCCAGAGGGAGCCUGGAACCAGCGACAGGGAAAGCUUAAGCUGCUGGAGACGAGGGAUGCAGAAAUUUGCCCAGAGGAGGAGAAGAGCCAGGAGCUGAAAACGAAAGCAGGACAUCCGCAGCCGGAGGGAGUGGGUACACGCCGGAUUGUGGAGCAAAAGGGACACGGCGACACACACACCCAAACUUUAUCCUUCUCUGGAAAGCUUCUCCCUCGUGGAGGUUGUCCCGGGUGCAAGAGAGGACGGGCAGGCCCCUUGAAAGAGGGCUGAGCCAUGCUGGCAGCCCGAGAAGCAGCUGCUCUGUACCAGACGGAUUUCGUGCGCAAUGCAAGGGCGGUGGGCGCUCUCUGGGCUGGCUGCACCCUCUGCUUCGGGGUCCUGGAGGUCGUGGUCCUGAUCCAGCCGGCGUGGGUGCAGACAGCGCCGCUCACCUACCAGCUGCCCCCCUCUGGGGUCCUUUUUGACCCCAGCAUCAGCGCCGUGGGCUCCUUUGGCCUCUACCAAGUCUGCAAGGAGCGAGAUGGCACUCUCGAGUGCGAGGGGUCACUGGUCACCCUCACCCCGAUCCCAUCCUUCAAGGCAGCCGCGGUCUUUGUCCUGAUGGCCCUGGUCCUGGUGAUGGGCAGUGUGGCUUCCUUGGGCCUCUUCUGGGUCUGCAGCCCUGGGACUGUCUACAAGGUGUGUGCCUGGCAGCAGCUUUCAGCAGCAACUUGUCAGGCUCUUGGCUGCCUGGUUUUCCCAGAUGGCUGGGGUGCCCCUGAAGUCAGGGCUCUUUGUGGGCCUCGGGCCAGGAGCUACACUCUGGGCGCCUGCACAAUACACUGGGCCUUUACCCUUGCCCUGCUGGGCAUAGCCGAUGCCCUGGUGCUGGCUACCCUCGCUUUCGUCUUGGGGAACCGGCAGGAUGCUCUGCUACCAGCAGGCUAUGUGCCACCCUCGGGGGGAAGAGGUAAGCAGCAGAAUAGCCCCCGUCCCCGUUAUUCUGGGCAAGGAUGGGAGCCAACACAGAUGCUCUGAUGCAAGGCUGGCAGGAUUGUCAGCUGCUGCCUAGCAACGGCCAAUGAGACACAAGGAUGCAUCUGAAAUGGGGGGGGAGUGGAGGGGGCUGGAGGCUGCAGCAAAGAAGCCCAGUCUUCCAGGAACCUCUGAAGCCCCUCGCUUUCCUCCAAACCAGACAAAUAAGACUGGUGACGAUGCUUCUGCUAAUGCAUAUGUGUUCAGAAGUCUCUCCCUUUCUGCCACAAGCUGGGAUUAAGGACUCUGGCUUUUCUGCUGCCACC